CAAUAGAAAACAUAAUUAUUUUUAACCGAUAGAAGGACAGAUGCUGUUAACUGGACCACAGUGGUGUGCUUUUUGUGGGUAUUUAACCCAGAUAGGCCUACCGUCCGUUUAAACAUACACUUUACAAACUCUUGUAAAAUAAAGAUUCGGAUAAACUUUGGUAGAUGGCGCCACCAAGACAAUAACCUGUUGAUGUUUCUUCAGUAGAUUUCCAAUAAGUGGUUAUUAGGGCGUGUUUUGAGCGCCAGAAAUAAUUUGUGAAAUUUAGUGACUUCCAAGAGUAAAAAACAUGGAUAAUUGGAGGAAGUGGAAGAAGCCGCUAAAACUGCAUGAGAUAGAAGAGAUUCAAAAUUUGAGUGAUGAGACAGAAAUACCUGACGGAAUUGUUCUUUUUCCGCCAGAUGGAUGGAACACCGAUGAGGAUUCUGGCGACGAAAAUACCGUUAGCUUAGAUAACCUUCCUGGGAGCCAGCUAAUGGCUGAUGCUGAAUUAAUUUUUGAUCGUCAGUCCCCUGAUGGCAGGGAAUGUGAAGGCGAUAAAAACAGAGAUGAUAUUCCAUCAACAUCUGUUAAACGUUUAAAAAUGACUGAAGAUGCUGAUUCUCUUAGCAAUCCUACAGGGGUGUUUGAGGAUAAUCAUUAUGAUUCCGAGGAUGAACUUCCCUUGGCAACAUAUUUACCUACCAAUCAGCAACAGGCAUUGCCAAACAAGAAGAGGAAAACACCUUUAUAUUCUUGGAAAAAAGAAGAUAUAAAACCUGACUUUUCAGACUGGAAAGAAUAUUAUACAACCAAAAUACGCAACGGCGGGAAUAUGGAUCAUAUGGUUUUUCGAAGAUGUCUUGCUGCUGCAUUGCUGGAAACUUUUAAGAAAACAACAAAACGUGGUCCAUCGAAGAAAAGUAAGCCAUCCGAAUCAAGAUACGACAGGCUUGACCAUCUGGUUAUCUAUCAAGAGAAGCAGACCAGGUGUGCCGUGUGCCACAAACAGGCAGCAUUCCGUUUUGAAAAGUGCGAUGUGGCGCUUCAUCCAAAAACCUGUUUCCGAAGUUAUCACACUAAACAAUAAAAGUCUAUUACAAUUUCGUUUUACUUUUAUGUUGUCAUUUCAAUGAAAAAUCAAAUUGUAGGUAUAUCCACAUUUGGUUAAGUUGUAAAAGUAGUCCUAGUUCCUACCGUCCGUUUAAACAUACACCUACUAUCUCCAAAUCUUUUAUUUAAAAUAAAAAUAUUUAUAAGAAAAAAAUGUUUCAAAUAGCUUAUCUAAACCGUCACUAAAUUUUUAUAAGGAAAAAUAAAAAUAAAUGUUUCAGUAAUAUCUGG